CAUAUAAAUAAAUAAAAUAAAAAUGGAAAAAGGCAAGAACCCUAAACUCUAAAGCCCUAAUUACUAAACCCCUUCACCAAGCUUUGUAAGCCUUUUUCAGGCCACCUCUUCUAAAUUUCUACAAGGUCUAUUCUUCUCUCCUUCGUUCAAACAGGUACUAGCAAGAUGAAUCUCAACAAUGUUAAGGUUCCUAAGAUGCCUGGUGGUGGUCCAGCUUCUGCUUUGAUCAAGUUGGGAGUGGUGGCUGGUCUUGGUGUGUAUGGAGUUGCUAACAGUCUCUACAAUGUUGAAGGUGGACAUCGUGCAAUUGUGUUCAACCGUAUUACUGGUGUUAAAGAUAAGGUUUAUCCAGAAGGGACACAUUUCAUGAUCCCUUGGUUUGAAAGGCCAACAAUAUAUGAUGUUCGUGCACGUCCUCAUCUAGUGGAAAGUACUUCAGGAAGUCGUGACCUUCAGAUGGUAAGAAUUGGUCUUCGAGUUCUCACUCGUCCUGUUGCUGACCAACUACCCACUGUUUACCGAACACUUGGUGAAAACUAUAAUGAGAGGGUCCUGCCUUCAAUUAUUCACGAGACUUUGAAAGCUGUGGUUGCCCAGUACAACGCAAGCCAGCUCAUCACCCAGAGAGAGAAUGUUAGCAGAGAGAUACGCAAGAUUUUGACAGAAAGGGCAGCUAACUUCAACAUUGCGCUAGAUGAUGUGUCCAUUACUAGUCUGACUUUUGGAAAGGAAUUUACAGCUGCAAUUGAAGCAAAACAGGUGGCUGCUCAAGAAGCUGAGAGGGCGAAGUUUGUUGUGGAAAAGGCUGAGCAAGAUAAGCGAAGUGCUAUAAUUAGAGCUCAGGGUGAGGCUAAGAGUGCUCAGCUGAUUGGUCAAGCUAUUGCCAAUAAUCCAGCAUUUAUCACGCUUAGGAAAAUUGAAGCCGCAAGAGAAAUUGCGCAGACUAUUUCACAUUCAGCCAACAAGGUGUACUUGAGUGCUGAUGAUCUUUUGCUCAACCUUCAAGACUUGAACUUGGACACUGGAAAAAGGUGAAAUUGGCUAGCACCAAAUAAAACAGGUUCCUAUUUCAACAUUUCAUGUUAUUCCCCUACCUGUUAAAUUGUGGGGACGCUCCUACAUGUUUACAUAGUGACUGAUUGCAGUUCCCAGUUUCGUGAACUCUCGAGUGGGGAAUUGUUUUGCCCAAGGACUUGUUGUCGACCGGAAGUGCUUGUCCUGUUUCGGAUAUAUUAUCAAGUGUUUAUUAUAAGCACAUCAAAAGAAACAAACAACGCUGUAUCACAGUUUUUCUCCAUUAACUUUCUACUUAA